GCCAAGAAUCUUAUAAAAAAUGAACAAAAAUGGCGUUUCUUGUUUGUAUUUUAGAUCACUAUUACGUUAUGUAAAUAUGUAAAUCUUCGAUCCGUUAACUGGUUUAAUGUGUUUUUACAACAAUGAAGAUGUUAUGUAUAAAAUAUUAAUCUCCAGUUAGCGAGUGUCUGGGAACACAUUUCACAAUGACUGCAAAUAUGUACAGAGUUGGUGAUUAUGUGUACUUUGAGACAUCUUCCAAUUCACCAUAUCAUAUUCGCAGGAUAGAAGAACUAAAUAAGACACCUAACGGCAACGUCGAGGCUAAAGUAAUGUGUUUCUUUCGAAGAAGAGAUUUACCAAGUUCUCUGGUGAUGUUGGCCGAUAAACAUCAACAAGGUGGAUUAGAGGGUGAAGUAAAUGGCAGUAAUAAUGGACCCUGGGGGUUAAAUUAUUCAGAAAACGAAUUAACGCCUAAACAAAGGCACCAGUUAAAACAUCGAGAGUUAUUUCUAUCACGUAGAGUAGAAACCGUGCCGGCCACGUUGAUUAGAGGCAAAUGCUCUGUGACGUUGCUCAAUGAAACCGAGUCGCUUUUAACUUACCUUAAUACUGACGAUAUGUUCUUUUAUUGUCUGGUUUUUGAUCCAAUGCAAAAAACUUUAUUAGCUGAUAAAGGAGAAAUUAGAGUAGGGAGCAAAUAUCAAGCUGAUAUUACUCCCUUAUUAAAUAAAGAUGAAACUGAUGCAAGAUCCGAAUCAGAACCUUUAGAAACAUUGGUGUGGACACCAAGUCAUGGUCUGACGGAUAGACAAAUUGAUCAAUUCUUAGUUAUUUCAAGAUCUGUUGGUACAUUUGCAAGAGCACUGGAUUGCUCGAGUUCUGUGAAGCAACCAAGUUUGCAUAUGAGCGCCGCUGCAGCGUCGAGAGAUAUAACUUUGUUUUAUGCCAUGGAUACUUUACAUAAGCAUAGUUACAAUUUAUCGGCGGCCAUUAGUUCUCUAGUGCCGAUUAAAGGACCUGUGCUGUGUAGAGACGAAAUGGAAGAAUGGUCCGCGUCUGAAGCCAAUCUAUUCGAAGAAGCUUUAGAAAAAUAUGGAAAAGAUUUUAACGAUAUUCGACAAGAUUUUAUUCCUUGGAAAACACUGAAAAAUAUAGUAGAAUAUUAUUACAUGUGGAAGACAACCGAUAGGUAUGUGCAACAAAAACGAGUUAAAGCUGUUGAGGCUGAAUCAAAACUCAAACAAGUGUACAUUCCUAAUUAUAAUAACAAACCAGCAUCGACAUCACAAGCUCCUAUGCCGCAACCACCAGUCACUUUAAACAACAAAAACAUCGUCAAUGGUACAGCUGGUGCUCAUUCUAAUGGACGCGACUUUUUCAUUCCAGGAAAUUCGUGCGAAGUUUGCAAUGUCUCAAUGUCCAGUCAAUGGUACCCUUGGACGAUGUCCAGUUAUCAGUGUAAAUUAUGCCAUAGUUGUUGGACUUAUUGGAAAAGAUAUGGCGGAUUCAAGUCACCUUCUAAGUUAUGUGAAAACGAAAUUGACCCUGUAAAGAAGAAAUCAGGCAGCAUUUCAGAUGAGGCUGAACGUAGUACACCAGCCUCGACCCCUCAUCGACCGCACAGAUGCAGCAUUAUCGGUUGCGGAAAAGAAUUCAAGUUGAAAGCUCAUCUAGCAAGGCACUACGCCACAUCACACGGUUUAGCUGUUAGAACUGGCUCGCCAAGACCUAUAAUGAAAACCAGAACGGCGUUUUAUCUGCACGCGUCAUUUCUUACGCGAGCUUCUAGACGACUUUGUCAGUCGUUGGUUCCACCUCGCCACAUAGCUAGAUCACCAUUUUACCCAAUAAACGUACACGCCAUUAAACAAGAAUGUCAAACACAAUUGGCGAAUAAAUCUCCGUUAGAAUUGAAAGAAUUAUUCAAAUACAGACGCAGGGAUCGCGGAAGUGUAACACUGAUCGCUACCCGAUUGGCGAUCUCAAGAAAUCGCGAAUUGAUUGUACCUGAAUGGUUGGCACCAACGCAUAAAGAUAAACUACCCAAAUCCGAAAGAGUAGCUUUUCCCAAACCUCCAAAAGGACCCGAUGGAAGCUUAUUAUAUGAAAAAAUUCCUAAUGCUGUCGUCGAACCUGAUAAAACUGCCUUAAACAAUCUGCCACCUGGAAUGAAAAAGCGUAAUUUUGAUGAUGCUAAUGAUUUGGAAUGGGACGAAGGAGUGGUAGUACCGCAAGUCGGACCACCUUCUAAACGAGUCCAUCGUGAGCAGACAUUCACACCAGCAGUUCAACCACCGGUCGCUGCCGAAUUAGCGCCUCCUUGUCCUGUCAAUCUCUUGAAUGGAAACAGAAGCCGAAUGGGUCUGGUAGCUAGAACUGGUAGAAAACAAGUCAUGUCCUGGAUGGACGCACCUGACGAUUUAUAUUUCCGAUCGACUACCGGUACUAAGAAUACACGUAAGAUGUUGACCGUAGCUGAAUUGAGAAGAGCAGCACGUAAACCAUGGCGUGGCAUCGCGCAGCAGCCGCAGCAGCAGCCGCAGCCGCAAACUGUUUGAAUCAGUGAAGUAAUUUAAAUUAGAAAUUGUAAAAAGAAUAUGUACUAAUCGAGUACAUAAUGAUUGAAACCUCCAAAAUCAACAUUUUUAAUCUACCUGA